AUGUCUUUCUAAGUAUGGGGAAUAAGUAAGUAAAAUUGUUGCGACCAAAAUUACCUCAUUUAUAAUGUGGAUUUGUUUGAUAAAAACGAAAAAAAUAAAUUGGUCUAGUAAUCUCGCAAAAAGAUGACAGACAUAAACCAAGAUGGUUUUGAGGAAUAGAGACAGAGGGACUGGUGUAAUACUAAGGAAUUGAGUGAUGAAUUGAAAUCUUUGAAUCAGAGAGCCAGAGUUACUAUGAAUAAAAUUAUCUAAAAAUAUAGUUUAUUUGGCAUCUAAUAAUUUUUAGAAUUAAUUAAAAAUCAUUAGAUCAUAUUAAUACGCAUUAUUGACUUAUUCAAGAUUUGUGUUAUAUAUUGA